UUCAUUCCUUGUCCGUUAUUCGUUUUAUGCUUAAUUGCUUAUAAUGUAAUGGGGCAGUCUCUUCAAUGUCCGGAAGAAACACUCCGUUAUUAUGAUUGCCCUGAAAACUAUAUCAAGUAUGACGAAACAAAGUGCUUCAAAGCUCAUUUCGGGACUUUGAAAUAUUGGCAAGCCAGCAGAUAUUGCGCUUCUGAGGGCGGUCAUCUUGUAACGAUCAGUGAUGCUUCUGAAAAUCAGUUUCUUUACGAAAUGAUGAGAAUCACAUAUGCUGUAGAUGUAGCUCGAGCGCCAAUAGCUUUCUGGAUAGGUUUGACAGACAGAGAAUCGGAGGGAAUCUAUAAGUGGGAACGUUGUGGGGAUGCAGAUUAUGUGAAUGGACGAAGUUAUGCUCCAUCUUGGCUACCUGGCGAACCGGAUAAUGGAAACAAAUCAAACCUUAUAUCAGAAGAAGAUUGUAUUGUGUGGCAUUGGUCAAACAAGCCUGCUUGGUCGGACGAAAAUUGUAACAUGAGAAAGUCGUUUAUUUGUCAGAUCAAUUUAAAACUCGCGACUACAACAUUGAGUGCAACACAGCCUGAAACAACUGCAGUAAAAGACGCAAUGCAAGUAGAAAUAAAGACAGCUUAUAUUGUGGCAAUUGGAGUUUGUUCAGCUGCUCUACUUAUAGCUAUUGUUAGCGUCCUGACGCUUUGCUACAUGAAGCAUUCACAAGAAAAGAGAAGAGUCGGUGUCUUGAGACAUGUAGGACUGUAUCCUGCACCUGCGUGGUCAUAA